CCAACGACGAGCCGCUUCUUUCCACCGACCGUGCGAUCAAGGAGCAAGAUCCUGUAAAAAACGACUGAACAUCUUGCCGAGGGGGCGUUCGGCAUUUUCAUUACGGCACUAUCACCACGGAACCGGAGCACAAAAUGGGAGAACCAAACAACAGCGAGCCGCUUAAAUUUGCCGGUGAAAUGCUGCAGAAGCACGAUCUGGUAGACGCUACGACGCCCGGUCUGCUCGAGGUAACGGGCGUUUCGCAAAUCGGCGCUCCCACGUCGAGCGGAUGGGGGGAGUACGACUACCAGCAUCUUUCCGGGCUCUCGAUGGGCCUGAAAGAUCUGAACCAGCUGUCCACCGUCAAUAAAGUGCCGAUACCGCCUGAGAUUAUGGAGCACUUUAACCACGUAAAGUGCCACUGCAUGAUGGGAUUGUUUCCGGAGAUAGGCCGAGCCUGGCUAACGAUCGAUACCGACAUCUACAUCUGGACGUACGAGAAUGCACGUGAUGUAGCCUACUUUGACGGACUUUCGCAGCUUAUCAUCAGCGUAGGCCUAGUGACACCGCGACCCGGUGUUUUCAUCGCGGACGUUAAGUAUCUGCUCGUUCUGACUACACCGACGGAAAUCAUCAUCCUGGGUGUCAUGUUUAACGAAAUCAAAACCGGUACACCGAUCCGGACCAUUGGUUCACCGAUGGCAUCUGCGCCGACGGCAGGCGAAGAGAUGCAGCUCAUGAACAAUCCAAUCUUUGUGCUGAGCACCGACAGUGUGGCCAUGAUGUGUGUGCGUGGAACGGCCGAUGGGCGCAUCUUUCUCGGUGGACGCGAUGGCUGUCUGUACGAGGUGUGCUACCAAGCGGAAUCGAACUGGUUCGGCAAACGGGCCCGCAAGGUGAACCACUCGCAGGGCCUGAUCUCGCAUCUAGUACCAGGCAUUUUCAAAAUAUUCUCCGAUACGGACUCGGUGCAGACGAUAGUAGUGGACGACUCGCGACACCUGUUGUACGUGCUCAUGACGAAGGGCACGAUCGAGGCGUGGGACAUUGGUGCGGAUCCGACUGGUGGAACGGCACGCCGUCUAGCACGCCUUUCGUUUCGCGAUAUCACGGCCGCUGCUUCGACGAUCCCGAAUUCGACGGAGGGUCCCAACUUUCCGGCCAUCACCGAUAUCUGUCCGCUAACGGCAUCAGAUUCAAGCAGCCUACAUCUGGUCGCCGUUACAGAGAGUGGUUCUCGGCUUUACUUCUCAACGAUCCCCCUUCAUCACCAAGCCUCCAUCGUUCGGUAUCGGCAGGAACAGCAGCUACAGCAACAGCUGCAACAGCAAGCACUGAUGCAGCAGCAACAGCUGCUGCAACAACAACCUGGUAUACCACAACAGACAUCAUUCAUCGAUGGCCACGAUAUGGCAGCAACGACACCGCAAGGCUUGUAUCUGCUACACAUACGUCUUGCGCCCAACGGUGCUGCGUUCCUUAACCGACCGAAAUCAGUUCAUUUGGCGCACUCCACCGAGGGUGGUUCUAUGCUGCUGAUCGGUACGGUACAGCCGGAUCAGGACGACCUAUGGGCGCUCAGCUCGGAGCACUUUCAAUCGCAGCCCAACCUGGUCGAAUCCGCCACUUAUUUGCCGCUCGACGGUCAGGUGCUAGCAGUGGCAGAUGUUCGACAAAAGGAUCGCGUCUCGAUUGAGACCCCACUGCGAAAGGUACGAAACCAGCGCAAGGUAGCCCUGCUAACCAGCCAAGGCGUACACGUUGUCUCGGUGCUCCGAUCGGUGGACUUGCUGCAACAGCUUCUACUCGCCUGCCAUGGACCACACAACGAAGCGAUUAGGGCUUAUUUUCAGAUGCAAACGGAGGUAGAAGCGUGCGCUACGGCGGUACUGUUGGCCUGUCUAGAAUCCUUCCGCGGAACGACUGAGGUGGGUGAAUGGGCCGCUCAAGCAUUUGUACUGUACGGUGGGGAACCGUACUUUGAACAACCCGGAUUAGGAGCCGCCCAAUAUCAACGAUCACUACCUCAGUUCGGAUCUCCCAGUCCUACUGGCUACGGUGGAGGAGCAGGAAUGGAACCUAUAGGCACUCCACAAGCAGGCGGUUACGGUGGGGGACGCGUGUUCAUGUCCACACCGUACACCAGCGCUCCCCUACCACGCGGAACGCUGAAUUAUCCCCAACAACAGCAGCAACAACAACAGCAACAACAACAGCAACAGCAAGGCCAACAACAUUCUUUCUCUUCGGUGUACCCCGGUAACAACCCGGUAGCGACAACGCCGAUGAAUCUGGGUUACAGUGGCAACAAUAAUAACAAUAACACAGUAAACAACAACAUUUCGAUGACCGACCGUUUGUCCGGCAUACGCUACUCGGCCAAGCAUGCUGGGCUCUAUCUGCACGUGUCUCGUGUGUUGCGUUCCGUUUGGCGUCGACAGUGCACCGAUGAGCGAUUGCAUUCGAGUAUCUCGCAGGUCGAUUGUGCCGUGCUGCUCGAGGAUCUGUACGCCAUCCGGAGCUUUUUCGAGGUUGUCGUAACGGGUCCAACUAGCCUGGUAGGAUUCGUGGGCCGAAGCCAUACGAAGACGACGACCCUUCAGCAUGGCUCAUCCCUACAAGGGCAAGCGAGCCAAGGGUUAACGAAUGCUAACCUUCUUUUGCAAUCACCGCUAAGUAGUGCAACCUCGGGUGAGCGAUAUGGUACUAGUGGACUGAUUUUACCGCAACCGUACGGAGCUACGACAGCGGGAAACGUUACGCAGCAAAGUGCCGGAACGCUAGAAGAUGCCCUAGCCGAGGAACGAAAAUCGUUGGAUGCCUUGUCGCGGUUAAUAAAGCAAGCCUGUGAGGUGAUCGGUCUGUGGAAGGUGAUCUGUGAACAUCAGUGCCAUCUGCUGCUUAGCAAGCUCUCGAAGGAGCAGCAGAGUGAGCUUCAGGGUAACACCUUCGGUGAUCUGAUCGUACACCGGACCGAUCUCUGUGGACUGUUGAUCGUGACGCUUAUCAAUUCGUAUCUUGCGGACAACGCCAGCAUCGGAUCGAUCUCGUCGAAGCUACGUGAAGUCUGUCCUAUUUUGUACCGCCACGAAGAUGCCGUUUCACACAAGGCCACGGAGAUCCUGUUGCUCACGCGCGGCUGCAAUGACCGCGAGCGUAAGGAGGAACGACUCCGAACGGCGCUGCAGCUGUGCAAGACCGCAGCUCCUAAUUUGCCACUCGCUGCUCUUUGCCAGCAGUUUUCGGCGGCCGGUUUCUACAGCGGAGUGAUCGAGCUGUGCACGGUGUGCGCCUCAAAGGUGGAUCCGAAUGAAGCCGGUCUGCAUUUCUAUCGCCAGAGCGGAGAGCCGUUCGACAGUCAGGAAGGCUUUCUGGCCUAUCAAAACCGCAUGAAUUGCUACAAAGAGGUGCAGAUCAUGCUAGACCAAGUGUACGAAUCAAGCAGUACCGGUGGUGGUAGUGGUCAACAGUCGGCUUCGAUGGGAACCGGAGCAACCGACAAUGCCUAUCCACUGCCGAUGGAUGCGGAUGGUGAGCAGACGACCAGCGGCCAAAAUCAGGCUGUACGUUCCAUCAUCUCUCAAGCGCUGCAGAGCUCAGAUCAGCUGCUACACAUUGCCAUCUACGAGUGGUUGCUGUCGAGGAACUUGCACUCGGAGCUGCUCGACAUCACGGAACCCUCGCUCGGUGUAUUCCUCGGUCGAUCAAUGGCACGGACACCGGACAAUCUACUGCUAGCCGAUUUGCUGUGGAAGUAUCACGAGCGUAAUGGGCAGCAUGCGGCGGCUGCGCAGAUACUGGACAAGCUGGCCGAAUCGUCCCAGGGUGACGGGAGCAUCCGGUUAUCGAAGCGCAUCGAGUACUUGGCCCGUGCCGUAAUGUGUAUGCGCAGCGAAUCCGCCGGCUUCUCGGCACACAAUGGUGUGCUGCUGAAGGAGCUCGAGGAUAAGCUCGAAGUGGCGCAAAUACAGCGACAAGUCAGCGAUGCACUCCGGUUAGCCUACCCGUCGACGACGGCGAUGACGAGCAGAACCGCGAGUGAUUCGGCAAGCGAAGCCCCACAGCACUACGCACGCGACGCACUAGAUCAGCUCGAAUCGACGCUCUACAAUCUAACCCAGCUGUACGCCGAUUUUGCCGAACCGUACGAACUGUGGGAGUGUAAGUUGACCAUUCUGAACUGCUCGCAUCACAAUGAUCCGCUGCUGAUCGAAUCCGUAUGGACGCACAUUCUCGAUCGUGAGCUCGAGGCAAGGGGAGAAGGUGCAGCUGAGCGGUGCCGACGCAUGCUGGCAAAGGUGAAAAGUCUGGCCCUCGAGUACGACAGCUCCGGUCACUGCUUCCCGUUGGCUUUCAUUGUACGCGAGCUUGAGGUGCGCUGCUUCCGGUUGAAGCUGUACAACUCGCCGGUUCCGGAGGCAUUGAUCGAUAUGAACCUAGACAUCGAGGAGUUGCUCAACAUUUACUCACGGCUCGUAUCGAUGAAUGAACGUAUCUGGGUGACAGAGGAGGACGAGCUGUACCUCAUCCGGUCGACCGCUCGGUUACUCGCACUGAUCGUCGCCCAGCCGAAGCUAGUGCCGGCGAAGGAUCGCCGGAAGGUGUUGGCCAAGUCGCAGGACCUCAUCUCCGCUGCACUCAACAUCCUCUACACGAAACCGGACACGCAGGCGCUGAUUGAUCUGUUGCGCGACACACAAUCGAAGCUGCAGCACGUGGUUUGACCCGCGGGUUAACGGUGGCCCUUCUUCUGCCUGCAGCUCUCCUUGGACGUACCGUACGCUACCUAACACCUGAGAGCAUCCUCCGUCAUUUCGCGAGGGGUUUUUGUUUUUUUUCUAGUAAUUUGUUUGAAACGAAAGUGUAAAUGUUACUCUCCAUUACAAUACUACUGCCACAAGCCACAGUCAGGAUGGAAAACCCUGUCAGUGCACUAUUAGCCCUUCUAUUAUGAUCCGGUAGACCGGAAAUCGAUCAAGAUGGACAAAGCGUAGAUCAUAGUAAAAGAAAUGAGGCGAAGAGGAAUGAUAAGAUGAUAAGAGAAUAAAGUGAAUAAAUUCGAUAAUCGUGCUUUCUGUUCCCGAUCCACUUA